CACAGCACCCAGCGGGCCGGGGCACCGGGCACAGAACCCACCGAGCCGGGGGCACUCACCCACCGGGAGGCGCUGAGCCAAGGAGACCCCCCAGCUGGGCAGGUGGUGGCUCUGUUCCGGGGCGGGGGGACCCCCCCCGUGUGCCGGCAGUAAACAGGAUACGAGCGGCUGCGGCGGGGAGACAGCGGCGGCAUCGCCCCGGCCCGGGGGGACCCGGUUCGUGCCCCCCCGAGACCCUCCCAGAUCCAGGAGAGCCGGUUCGUGCCCCCCCCGGCCCCUCCCAGCCCCAGGAGAGCCGCGGGAUGAGCGGGGGGGUCCCUCCCCAGCGGCCCCCGGGUGACUCUGCAGAUGCUGGCAUCGCUGGUGCACGCCCGGCACGCUGAGCAGCCCCGCGCUGUCCCCGCGCCGUCCCCGCCGCCCCGCAUGGCGCUGCAGCCCGAGGCGCUGCUGGACCUGAGCUUCCUGACGGACGAGGAGCGGGGCUGCAUCGCCCGGGUGCUGCAGCGCGACCGGCAGCUCCGCCGGCGGGAGCAGGGCCGCGUCAGCAAGCUCCGGCAGUCGGUGUCGGACCCGGCGCGGCUGCGGAGCCUCACCGGGGACUGGUUCUGCCACGCCCGGGCCCAGCGCCACCAGCCCCCGCUGGGCUCCGACCUGGUCCGGGCCUCCAUCCGCCGCAGGACGCGGCCCCGGG